AUGGUUCUUCAGGAUUUGGGGCGGCGAAUCAACUCCGCCGUCAAUGACUUGACGAGGUCAAACAACCUCGAUGAGAAGGCCUUUGAUGAUAUGCUCAAGGAGAUUUGCGCCGCGCUUUUAUCUGCCGAUGUUAACGUCCGUCUCGUGGGUACGCUGCGCAAAUCAAUUAAAGCCAGUGUGAACUUCGCCUCCCUCCCCGCCGCCGUGAACAAGAAGCGCUUGAUUCAGAAGACCGUUUUCGAUGAGCUCGUCAAAUUAGUCGACCCUCACGCAGAUUCCUUCCGUCCUAAGAAGGGCCGUUCCAAUGUCAUUAUGUUCGUUGGUCUGCAGGGUGCUGGUAAAACCACAACAUGUACAAAGCUGGCUCGUCACUACCAGACGCGUGGAUUCAAGACUGCGCUGGUUUGCGCGGAUACUUUCCGUGCUGGUGCGUUCGAUCAGCUGAAGCAGAAUGCAACCAAGGCCAAGAUUCCAUACUACGGUAGCUUGACCCAGACGGAUCCUGCCGUUGUGGCUGCUGAGGGUGUGGCCAAAUUCAAGAAGGAGCGCUUUGAUGUCAUUAUUGUCGAUACUAGUGGUCGUCACAGACAGGAGGAGGAGCUGUUCACAGAGAUGACUCAGAUUCAAGACGCUGUCACGCCAGACCAGACGAUCCUGGUGCUCGAUGGUACUAUUGGUCAGGCUGCUGAAGCUCAGUCUUCGGCUUUCAAGGCUACUGCAAACUUUGGUGCUAUCAUUAUUACCAAGACUGACGGCCACGCCGCUGGUGGUGGUGCCAUUUCUGCCGUCGCUGCUACACACACUCCUAUUAUCUUCCUUGGUACGGGUGAGCAUUUGAUGGACCUUGAGAGAUUCGAGCCCCGUGCCUUCGUUCAAAAGCUCUUGGGUAUGGGUGAUGUCGCUGGACUGGUUGAGCACGUCCAGGCCAUGACCAAGGACUCUGCCGGUGCCAAGGAAACAUACAAGCAUAUCGCAGAGGGUAUCUACACUCUGCGUGAUUUCCGUGAAAACAUCACAUCAAUCAUGAAGAUGGGUCCCUUGUCCAAGCUCUCUGGUAUGAUCCCUGGUCUGUCAAACAUGACCCAGGGCCUGGACGACGAGGAUGGCUCCUUGAAGCUUCGCCGCAUGGUCUACAUCUUCGACAGUAUGACCACGGCUGAGUUGGAUGGCGAUGGCAAGAACUUUGUCGAGCAGCCCAGCCGCAUGGUUCGCAUUGCACACGGCAGUGGAACCACUGUUCGCGAAGUUGAAGAUGUUCUCUCCCAGCACCGCAUGAUGGCCGGCAUGGCCAAGCGUGUUGGCGGUCAGAAGAAGCAGAUGCAGCAAGCGCAGAAGAUGAUGAAGGGUGGAAACAAGGACCAACAAAUGGCUGCCAUGCAGAAGCGCAUGCAGUCCAUGGGUGGUGGUGGCGGAGGCGGAGGUAUGCCCGACAUGGCUAAGAUGAUGCAGAUGAUGGGUGGUGGAGGUGGUGGUAUGCCUAACAUGGGCGGCAUGGACAUGCAGAGUCUCAUGAGUCAAAUGGGCGGCUUGAUGGGUGGAAUGGGCGGCGGCGGCGGACGCGGCCGAGGAGGACGUUAA